AGCAAGGGUUCUCCAAGAUUCCAGGUGAGAAAGAGUGCGAGAGAGAGGUAAGGUAGGUAGGAUCGUAGAGGUAACAUCGUAGAGAGGCUGGGACCUGAUCCCAAAGGUAGGAGCACUUGGUUGGUGAGACCAGUCCAUCGCGGGCCCUCCUCUCGUACGAACGCGUUUACUUUCCGGCACCUCGUUUCACUCCCCAUGUGCUACCAACCCCCAUUAAAUUUCCCAUAUUAAGACAUACCUCCCAUACGAAAAAAACCCACAGGUGUUCCAAUCACCUUCUCAUCACUAUUGAUGGUCGGAUUUCAGUGAUCUGGUUACUUUAGCUAGAGCUAAUAUAAAUAGGAUCCAUUCAUAACUACUAAUGAAUCAUCUAGAAGCUAAUUAAGUAAAGCACACGGUUUGGGACCAGUGUUAAUAACUAUUGACUAAUGAUAAUAAUUGAUAAACCAGGGUUAGAAGCUAUUAACUAAUGGUUAGUGAUUGUGAUUAUAGUGAUGUUUUUAAAACUUUGAAAAGGGGGAUUAACAGAAAGGUUUUAUUAGAUUACGAACUGAAUCGUGAUGAAAAUAUUGAUGAAGCGAUAUCAGUCGACUGGUACCUUUAGUAAGAGACUCUUAUAAAUACAAUCUUACAACUCUUUCCAAGAUCUGAAGUUUAUUCUUCAUGAGGAUAGUAAUUCCCAAGGACUUAGGAUUGAUCUCUGCGAGAUAAAAGUCUUAGGCUGAUGUUUGUUUAGGGGAAACCCCUAAGGGUUGAGCAACAAGUUAGGAAAGAGAGAAUUAGUGUAAAAGAACAACAAGAAGAGUAGAGAGGACAACAAUAAAAACAAAAAAAGGACAAUAAGAAAGACUAAAAAUAACCGAAAGCAACAAGGGUAGCGGACAACUAUAACGAGGACAGGAUAUCCGAAACCUAACAAUCGGAUAAUCCCUUUACAGAUCCGGCAGGAUUCUAUUGUCCCGAAAUACCCAAUUAAAACUCGAAAUCCAAAAAUAAUACCCAAAUCUCUAUCCUGCUAGUAAAUUUGAUUGAUUUCCGAUCGAAUCCCCAAAAUUGAUUCGUCUCACCACAGCGAAAACUGAAUGACGUGUGUCGAACCAUGAUAGCAAACAUUGCUAAACUGUACAUUGUUGAAUCUUCAAGCCGAUAUGCGAUAAAGGUCACACACAUCGAGUCCCGGAAGUGAGGCUGUUGGACACGCUGGUGCUUUUGAAUUGGUGUCGAUUAGCAUUGGUCUGAUGAGUGAUGAUGGUUCCAGAUUUUUUUUCCGUCGGACAAUAAAACGCUCAAGACAGAAAGCUAGUUUUGCAAAUUAGAGUCUAGUCUGGUACUUUUCCAUCAAAAUAGAACUGGACAGAAAACCUAGAUACACAGAUGUAACUCUGGUUUUUAAUGUAAUUUUCUAAUCAAGAAUGAUCUAGAAGUGGAUUGAAAUUGACUAAUUGAUCAUUUCAUGAAAAGAGAGUUUGCAAAUUGGACAAAUGGAGAACUGGUUUAAAACCGGAAGGGGAUUCGGAGGUCUUCCGGUUUGAUUGUUUCGUUUCUUCGACCCAGAACCACUCGGCCGUCAAGUCUCGCCGGUUUCGUCUCGAUAUCGUGUUCCGUCGAUCGACUUACCGGAUCGGAUCGUCUUCCCUUCUUUGUGAGACCUUAGUAACCUCCAUAUAGAUCUGAGAUGUUUGUGGAUGUAGUCCGAUCUUUGUCGAGACUUUAAGGAUCAUUUUUGGCUUUUUUUUCUUUAAGUGAGUGGUAUUUUUAGUAAUGUGGUCUUUUUCGGAUCAGUGAGGGAUGUGUCUAAAAGCUCUUGGCUGGAGAUUUCAAUGCCGAAGGCACGGAAGAUGAGAGAGAGUGCUCCAACGAUUGUGUCGUGAAAUCAAUGAACAGGGUGCUUGUGAUGUAAGAGAUGCGUCGCGGUGACAUCGCGGUGACCGCGAUUGCCCUUCUGAUUCUUGGGCAGAUGCAAGGACCUCGACAAUCCAGGGUGGUCGGAGCUGUGAUGGUCAGCGCGGCGGUGUGUGGACGAAUUCCCGGAUUGGGCAAAAAUCAGCGGGAGCAGUGCAAAAAAUCACCGCACGCAAUGCCUGCUGUUGGAGAGGGUGCCGAGCUCGGCCUCCGGGAGUGUCGACAUCAAUUUAGGCACCAUCGUUGGAACUGUUCUCACGUCGUCAGCGAUCAGAUAUUUGGUCAUGUUGUAGUCGUAGGAAGCAGGGAGGCAGCUUUUACUUAUGCGAUAAGCUCAGCUGGAGUGACCUACGCAGUAACAGCAGCUUGUAGUCGCGGAAACAUUACCGCUUGUGGUUGUGAACCUACUCUUAGGACAAGAAAAGAAUCGCCUGCUCUUGAUUGGCAAUGGGGAGGCUGCAGUGCUGAUGUUGGAUACGGAAUGAGGUUCGCGCGCAGGUUUCUGGACGCGCGAGAAGUUGAAGGAGACGCUAGAAGCUUAAUGAAUCUACAUAAUAAUAAAGCUGGUAGAAAGAUGGUCAAGUCUCUCUUACACACGGAAUGCAAGUGUCAUGGCGUCUCUGGUUCCUGUACUGUAAGAACUUGCUGGAGAACUUUACCCAGUUUUCGCCAAAUUGGUGAUGCGCUCAUGAAAAAAUAUUUUAGGGCGAGAUCAGUUGUGGCGAUCACACCACCCCCGCCACCUACAAUGCAGAUGGAUCUUCCCUCCUAUGCCGCAGAAAUAACGCCCAUUCUGGGAAAUGAUGCGAGAACACAGGGUUAUGGGUUUGGAAGAGCUAAGAUGGAAAGAAGGCUUUCUAAAAAGGCUGUAGGAAAACCAAGAAGGCCACACUUGGUAUUGAAAAGAACUAAGUUCAGUAACGGGCCAGGCAUAAGCCAGAAGAGGAUACCCAAAAGAAGUGAACUAGUUUUUCUUCAGCCUUCUCCUAAUUACUGCGAUACUGAUUUGGCACUAGGUAGUCUUGGGACGCAAGGCCGAUUUUGCAAUCGUACCAGUAAAGGAACGGAUGGAUGUGACUUAAUGUGCUGUGGCCGAGGAUACAACACGCACCAGUUUACAAAAGUCUGGCAAUGUAACUGCAAAUUUCAUUGGUGCUGCCGAGUGCAUUGUGACACAUGCACGGAAAAAAUCGAAGAAUAUACGUGCAAAUAAAAUUCCAGCGACAGUAAUCAGACUUUCAGAUCUUCUCUUUACUCUCAGAUUCAUCCAUUCACAAUUAUUUUCUCACAAAUCCCAUAAGAUCCUCAGUCACGAACACAUAAAUAAUUCGAGUGAAGCGUCAUUAAUCUCGCGAAUUAAAAAACUAAUUCUUAGGUAGCUCGAGAAAGGGAUUAGAAAUGACUUUGUUCAAUGAAAAUGAUUUCUUUUUUAAUUACGAAAUAUAUAUUUUCAAACAAAAUAUUUCCGAAGUUUAUGAUCUUUUAAAAUGAAAAUCUGAAAUACUAAGUGAGAAAGCGUGGAAGUUACUAUUGUAAAUUUUGUACUUUUUUAUAGUAAACAAACCGCAACACGGAAUACGAUGGCAAUUGUGUGAUAUUACUCAUAAUCUGAUAAUCUAAUCUUUCAAUUCAAUUAUGCGAUCAUCCGAGAAUUAGGCAGCUUUGAGUACACUAAACUCCCGAUAUAAGAACUCCCGGUUUACGAUAUUUCUAGAAUUGAUGUCCUCGGCAGUAUAACGAUGAGGAAAGUCGCGGGACCGAGAGAGAGGCGGUGCGCAGUCAAACGUGACAAACAGCAUAAGGGCCGCACCCUCAGCACAUUAGUUGCAUCAGGUUGCGUCAUGCAUCCAAAAAGAAAUGGUUCACGUGGCCCUGCCUUCUUACGUUUAGAUUCUCUGAUUUAGGAUCAAUGCCACUACAAGCUAUGUCCGAAACCGUUCUUAUAUCGGAAGAUGAGUGUAAUUGUAAAUUAUUUAUAGUGUGUUAGUUAGCUUAAUUGUGUAUCGAGUAGUUUUGGAAUACUUUUCUUUUUUCUCAGGCCCGGCUUGGGAAUCAAAAAAAUAAUUAAUUAGGACCAUAAAAAUAAUAUAUAGCUCUUACCUAACAGAAAAAUUUGUACAUUACCGGAAAAAAUUGAAGACAUGAAACAUAUAUUUUUCUAUAAUAACGAAUGUAGGUCAAAGAUUUUUGCAAGUUUUUCAAGCUAAAUUCAUCGGAUUUAAAUAAAUGAGCGACAUUUGUUUUUAAAAUUAAUUAAAAAUAUUAAAUGAAUCAAAUGAUCGCUCAUUCUUAGAAACACGAUUAUUCUUUGUGCACUUGGGAGAAAUUGCAAAAUAUUGACUAACAGUAAUUGUUAUUAGAGAAAUUUUUUGUGUUAAAAAUGUAUACUUAUUGAGCAACAGUCCUCUUAUUUUAUAAAGUGGUAAUUAAUUGUUUUUCUAAGAGCCGCCAGUUCCUCCUGAAAUUUCCCAACAUUUGAGAUUAACAUUUCCAAAAUAAUAAUGUAAACAAAGUAAAAAUUCAAAUAAAUUGUAUCAAACAAUCAAAGCUAAUUCAACACAAUAUCAAUUUAAAACCUGAUAAAAAUUUUUAUAUGAGAUUCGUGGAAAAUUACAAUUUGUUUUAUGAAGGAUUGAAAAUCUUGAUUAUGAUAACAUGGCACUAGACUGUACAUUAUUAUAAUGUGAUUACUGAUUAUUUAUUAAGGCUAGAACGUAAACGUUGUAGAUUAUAAGACAAUUUUGUAAACUUAUCUAAGCUUUUUACGUAAAUUAUUAUUUAUUACAUGCGCAUUUAAUUUAUACACCUAUACGUAUGAUUAAGAAAUACUAUAGAAGUAUCCAGUUGUACCUUCUGUGACAAUAAAUAGGGUAAAAAUAAGU